AUGUCUGAUACGGUAGCCAAGCUAGCGGCCAUCAGAAAACAACGAGAUAGCAAGAAGUCAAAUGAUGCAGUAGAUGAAAUUAACUCCACGAAAGUGGAGUUUGAAUCUUCAUCUGUUCCGGAUAAACAGAGAGAUGAGCCGCAGAAGGAGCCCUCUAAUAAGUUCGAAGGAACGGAACUCAGUAAGCAUUUGGUGAGAGAAGAUGAACAGCAUCGUAGCAGUACCAAAAACGCUACGUCAGAUGGCCAUGGCUAUAACUCUGAUUUGAAAGCUGACAUUGCUGCCUAUUUGGCCAAAGCGGAAAGGGGAACGGAGAGAGCCAUCAACAAGUUGAUCUACGAGAAAUACCAGAAAGACACUCACGGAUGA